GCCGCCAGUCCAGCAGUAAGUCCAGCAGACACAGAGAAGGCUGGGUGAAUGACGGACGGGACAGGGAGAAGGUGGCUAAUGCUCUGUUACCUCAUUACCCAACCGAACCUGGAAAACAACAGCCAUUAACGGGUGAAGGAUUAUCUUCCUACGCACGCUGUCAUGGCGUUGCCAUCAGUGAUGAUGCUGCCUCUGCUGGUCGUCAUAGCGGCAGGCAUCUACUACAUCUACACCGAGGUCAUCCAGUUCAUGUCCCAAUCCGUGGUGCGCAACAAGGUGGUGGUGAUAACAGACGCUGUGUCGGGCGUGGGAAGCGAGCUCGCCCGUCUCUUCCACCAGGGUGGGGCCAGGCUGGUCCUGUGUGGCACCAGCUGGGACAAGAUGGAGUCUCUGUACGACUCCCUCACCAGCGGAGCGGACCCCAGAGUGAUGUUUACACCCAAGCUGGUGCUGCUGGACUUCAGCGACAUGGCCAGCAUGUCCGAGGUGGUGCUGGAGGUGGUGGAGUGUUACGGCUGCGUGGACGUGCUGGUGUGUAACAGCAGCAUGAAGCUGAAGGCUCCCGUCCAGAGCGUGUCCCUGGAGCUGGACAGAAACAUCAUGGACGUCAACUACUUCGGUCCCAGCGCGCUCACCAAAGGUAUUCUUCCCACCAUGAUCUCGAGGAGAGCCGGUCACAUUCUACUGGUCAACAGUAUCCAGGGGCGACUGGCGGUUCCAUUCAGAAGCUCCUAUGCUGCCUCCAAGCACGCGGCUCAGGCGUUCUUCGACUGCCUGAGGGCAGAGGUGGAGGAGUACGGGAUAGUCGUCAGCACCAUCAGCCACACCUUCAUCAACGCUACGGCCCCGCCCACCACAAUAAGCCCCGCCCCCAAACCUCUCAAGGGCCUGGCUGCAUUCAUUUCCAGUCAGCUGACCCAUGGCGUGAGCCCGUCAGCUCUGGCCAAUGAGAUUGUGCAAACGGUGAACAGGAAGAGGAAGGAGGUGGUGCUGGCACACCCCAUCCCCCGGGCGGCUCUCUACCUUCGCUCCUUCUUCCCCUCGCUCCUCUUCUCCGUGGUGGCAGCCGGAGUGAAGGACUCUGCACUGUCCGAGCAGAUGUAGUGGAGGGAGGGGGGGAGGGGGGAUGGAGGGGGGAGGAAGUGUGGGGCGGAUAAAAAGAGGGAGGACAGGAGAGAACUAACAGAGAGAGAGAGAGAGAGAGAGAGAGAGAGAGAGAGAGAGAGAGAGAGACAGAGAGAGAGAGAGAGAGAGAGAGAGAGAGAGAGAGAGAGAGAGAGAGAGAGAGAGAGAGAGAGAGAGAAGAGGAAUGCACAGAACAGACAGUGGUGAUAUAGGCUUGCUGAGUUCACUGCCUUACACCUCACAUAUAUUCAUGAACAUAUAAACACUUAAAUACCAACACAUGUCUCACAGACUAUUUAGUACGUUGUGUGGUUUUUGGAGGGAGCACUUAUUUGAUUGUAGUGUUGAUGUUACUUCACUCUUUCCAGACCCCUUCAGUUGCACUCAGAUUGAUAAACUUGUUGUGUGAUACAUUACACCAGUGGUUUUGUUUUGAUGAAAGAAAUUCAAAUGGAAACAACCUUUCAAUGUACUGUAAACUGUAUGUAGCUUGGUGUGGCACAUGCAUUUGUCCUCUAGAUGGCGGUACUGCUCUGUGUUUGCUGUUAGCUGUGUGGGCAGUACAACAUCUUCCUGCUUUGUUGACCUAUUUCACCAAGGCAAGCAUUUAUGUUGCCUGGAAACCCAAUGUGAACCAGAACGAUUAACCUGGUAUAUUUCUGUGCACUGAUGUAAAAGCAUGGUGUUGCAGUACCAGCAUGAGUUUACCAGUCUGAAGUGUGUAAAACAAUGUAAGGAAGAAUCCACACUAGGGAAUGGGAAGGUGAACUGUUUAUCAUGUCUAAUUACUUUAUUACCUUUAGCUGUGAGGGUAAUUACAUGGGAGCGACACACACAAGUGUUGAUAGACUGUUCAGACUCAAGGCUGUGGCUGUCUAUCAAAAGGUUCAUAAAUAAAGGUUAUAUGUUUUA